AGAGCCUGGCACUGAAUGGAGCGCAAAUUACGGGGAGCGUUCUCCGGAUAUUGCAUUGGGACGCGGGAUAUUGCGAGGCGGCGCACCAAAAAGGAGCGCGAAAAUAGUGACUUGGAGCGAAUUAAACGUGCAUAUUGGCUUCAUUUUGCUGCCUUUUGCUCUCGAGAAUAUUGAUGGUGUUUUUGGGGAUCGCGUCGUCACUGGGCGCGCCGAGGCCAAAGGGAAUCCGGAGUGGCAAAGCCCACGCAGGGGUUUACCGCCAACUUAG